AUGGAGGCCUCUCCGAGCUCCGCAGCUGCCGAGUCCUCGCCCCACACUCUCUUCUCCGAGCAGAGCCACAGAGUACCGGAGGACACUGUCUUCUAUUCCAUCUACCCUGACGGGGCCUUCUUCCCAUCGUCUGGCGACGCUGCCACCGCGGCCGGCGACUCCCUGUUCUCUCUGCAGCUUCGUAUCCUAGACACCAUCCUCCCCCCUUUCCUACAGGACUACAUCUGGCAGCACGAGAAUUUCAACCUCUUCCAGUAUUCUCCAUCAGCCGGACAAGCUGGGCAUCUCCACGGUAGGGUCCGGUACGGGGACAACGUGGAGGAUGAGUGGUUCGUGGUGUUCCUGCUGUAUGAGAUCUCUCGUCGGGUUCCGUCGGUGUCAAUCCGGGUCUGGGACUCCGACGGUGAGUUCCUGCUUAUCGAGGCGGCGUUCUCGCUCCCUCGCUGGAUCAACCCCGCGAACAGCGAAAAUCGUGUCUUCAUCCGCGGUGGCAGGCUCCAUAUUUUGCCGAAGAGACACUUCCCUUCGAAUCCCACCCUGGGGGAGGCACUGGAGGCGUUGGAAAGUGGGAGGAUACAGACGAGUGCCCCAGACAGUGUCCAAGAGGCCGUCGGCAGGAGGCUUUCCGGUUAUCCGGAGCGAGCGAGAAGGAACAUGCAUAGGGUUAGGGUUAGGGUUCCGCUGCCAGUGGCCCAGGUGCUGAGACGCGAGCCGUGCUUGAUAUCCUUGGCCGUGGAGGGAUUCUAUGACCGGGAUAUCGACUCAAUGAAGCAUGCUUCAAAGAUGGCCAGGUUCCUAGUGGGUGAAGGGGGAGCGGUGGAUAUUGUUCAGACGUCCGUGGUGAUGUCGCGGGCGAUGUACGCGCAACUGGUGAGGCAGAGUUUCAACGCUCCGAAGUGUUACCCGAUACCUUCAAGAGAACAGGGCCCCGUGCUGUAUGGUGAGGCUGAGCUUGGGAUGAAGAUAGCAUGUGGGUUUGAGAUGAUGUAUCAGUACAGGCGUCUUUCAGGUGAUGAGGUUAAAGGGGGUUCAGUUGACACGUUUAAGAAGGCGUUGGAAAGUCAUGGUUAUUUCGAGGGCCUGCUGCCAGGGUCCAUGGAGUACCGCAGGCGUAUGGAUGAAGCCUUGGAGCGUCACAAGAACUCCGUCGUGUUUUCUCACACAAGGUACACAUGUUACAUCGAUUUUUAGAUCCCCAUAUAGAUAGAUUUUUUUUGCCAGUGUGGUGGAAAAAUCACAUAUUCUGCGUUCAACUCUGAGGAGGAUAUGUAACCUGUGUGGAUGCAAGCAACUUUGCGGUCUUUUCACUGUGGGAACUAAAUGUCUUGAUACACAUUAAUGCAAUUUAAACACAUUUUUCAGCUAAAAAAUAGAUACUUAUUUGCAUCAGAAUCUUGGAUGUUCCUCUCACAAGAUCUUUCUGCAUCUUAAACUCUUUGCAGAGACGUGCUGAGUGUUCCAGUCAAACGGAUAGAAGAGAUUCUUUCAUUGCCUCAUUCUGUGCGUGACUUUGUUGGUUCUGAGUUGCCUCCCAGUGAUGAUGAUUCUUGGCUGUACGAUGGGGAGGAAGAGCUGAACUCGGCCAUUUUAGAAAGGCAGAGAGAAAUGGAAAACUACGAGUUAAAGCGGAGGGGUAAAGAAAAGCCCGAGGGUAGCAAAAAUUCUGAGGACAUUGGCGUCGUGGAUGAUUUUAGUCUGGGUGAAAUGGCAAAAACUAUGCAAGCAUUUGUUGAAAAGAUUUCAAGCUUCGAAGGUGCUGAAGUUCCUGGAAACGGGUAUGUUUUGUAUGACUCUCUUUAAUUUUCCAAUUUUGGCAUAAAAAUCCAUCUUUAUGUGAAUUUCAGCCCUAAAACUGUAUCCUUCUACCUCUGGGUCAUGUUCCAUAUUUGUACGAUUUGAGUUUUCUUUUAUUUUUUUUAUUUUUAUUUUUUUUCUUUUCUUGAUGUGGGCUCAUUCAUUGUCAUUGGUUGUAAAAAAUGGUGUCUCAGUGUUUACUAUAUACGAUGCUUAUUUUCGGAACUAGAUUUUUUUUAUUCAAUAUAUCUUCCCCAAAAAAAAAAAGAAAAAAAGGAUCGAUGUGAGUAAGGAGACCAACCACCCAUUAUCUGCGCUGAGUCCUUGUUUAGAGAGUUAUCAUCCGUCAAUCUUAUGCUUCCGUUCUCAUAUUCCUGGAAAUUAAAUAGUAAAAGUUGUUAACAUUUGAAUGGUGCACAUUGAGAUCUUUACGUUCUCAGUCCUAAAUGGCUUCAUAUGUCUGUCACCGACCCUUCCUAGAACAGAUCUCCACCUGUGGGUAGUUGUCUAACUCAUUUUGCUGCUCACUUUGGAAAACAAUUAAAUGAUUUACUGGGGAACGCUUGUUCUUGCAAGACUACAUUCGCGAUCCUCAGUGGGGGAGAUGUUGCGCUGAUAGCUCAAUGUCUCACAGUUUCUGAGUAAUCCCCGCGUAGACUGUUUGUGUUGGUCGAUCAUACCAAUGAAACAGUAAGUCAGUCGUAAUUUUUGGUAGAUGUUGAGGAUAGCCAUGGUUAGUAAAACCCAGCAAGGGCGGGGCACAUCUCCCUCCAUUGGAACACGUCCUCUGCUUGCAGAGGCGACAUUCAUGAUCAACUGAGCAAUUGAUCCGAUGAUGACACAUGAGGUGUUGAAAUAACUUUUUUGGUUUUUGGUUUUUUUUUUUUUCCCCCCCGAUCAGAAAUUGACAAUUUUGGAUUUGGUUCUGAUGAAAAUCUCUUCAUCACUGCUAACAUUUUCCGAAAAGGUCAAGGUUUUUUUUUUCUUUGGAGAAUCAAGAACAGAUGAAAAUCUCUCCCCCUCCGUUCCCUUUGACGAUUUCUGAGAGAGCAUUCCAAGGAUAUGAACAAUGGCGUGCUCUGAGGAUAUGAUAUCUUAGGGUUCAUCUACGCUUCCCUUGAUGGGCUUUCCUUUUGGCUCCGCAGAAGAGACGGAGGGGAAGUGGAUCUCGACGUUCGGCAGUUCUUCAAGGACAUGGAAUCUGUUCUCGGGGGCUCGGGCCUGCAGGAAAUGCCAGAAGGCGAUGGCGACGACAUUGAUAAAGAUGGAGACUCUUCAUCGGACUUUGACUUCGGUACUUCCCGUCUCCUCCAGCUGAAAUGCUCUCGUGGGUUUCCCUUUUUUUUUUUUUUUAAUGGUUCGCGCGUUCAUGCUGGGAGAAAUGAAUCUGCAGACGACUCUGAGGACGACGUUGACCUCGAGGAGUCGGAGGAUUUCAUGCAGUCGUACUCUGAGUCGUUGGACGCAGAGCUCAGUGCAACCACUCUGAAGAACAGCUUCGUGCGAGCAUCGCGGCGGCCGGAUUCCGCCGAUCAUGGCGAGGUUCUCCCUCUAAAGCUCUCUCUCUCUCUCUCUCUCGCUACUGAAUCUGUGGCUGGGAUCGGGUGCUCGUCUUGCGCAGGUGGGUUCGAAGACAGGCGGCGACGGCGACGGCGAGGAGCUGACCCCCGUCGACGUGGACUUGAACCUCGUGAAGAGCCUCAUCGAUUCCUACUCCUCCCAGCAAGGCCUCCCCGGCCCCGCCUCGAAUCUGCUGGGUCUCAUGGGCUUGAAGCUCCCGCAGGACUCCGCCGACGAUCCUCGAGGCUCCUCUGCCUGA